GACACCUCUGGAAGUAAAUGAAGGGUCUCGACCGCGUGCUUUUUUCAAGACGACAUUAAAGCAGCUUUUCUUUUUAACACUGACCCAGAAUCAGCAUCUUCAUCACCAUGAUCAUCUCGCAUUUGGUGGCUUGUGGACUUAUUCUGACUCUCCUUUCAGUCAGCACGACAGAGACUAAACCACUGACACAGGCUGAACAGAGGUCCCUCAGGGUGCUGCUGGGAGAGGAGCUGUCUGAGUUCCUGGAGGCCGAUGACAGUCAGCGGAGGCUGGAGAACAGGGUGCGUCUGCUGCGGGACAUCCGGACGGACACUCGGGCGCGGGGCCCCUGGGCGCGGAUCCUGAACGAGCAGCAAGGGUCCCGCAGACACAGAGCCGGAGCCAAGAAAGGCGGAGCGACGGCCCGGAGCGGCUGCUUCGGACACAAGAUGGACAGGAUAGGGACCAUGAGUGGGAUGGGCUGCCAGCCAUCCCACUACCACUCCAUAAACAACCUCUCAUGAGCAUCAUAAAUGUCAUCGAGUGCGGACACGACGAACUGAGCUGCUUCUCUCUGAGGAAAAAAAAGGAAAAGACUGAGACUAAUGGUACGAAGAACCACUAGUGGACGACGAGGCGGACAAAAAUCAUUCAAACAAACAAACAUAUGUAAAAAAAGAAACACUCACGGCGGACCAUGACUUGGAUGAGGAAAGCUGUAUAUUGUUGCUGCUGCUGCUGCUGUACAUUCAUGUAUUUCAUUCUGGCAUAAAUGUAUUUAUGUUUUAAAACACUAUUUAUAUGUUUAUAAAAGAGAUAUUUAUAAAUAUCAGUUUUAUUUAUGUAACAUUUUGAAAUGAAUGCAAAAUGCAGGU